AUGUCAGGUGUUUACCGCGACCCGGUGUCGCAUCUGGCCAUCGUGUCUCUAGAGGCGAUGGACCGCAAGGCCCGCGACGCCUUCCGCCGGCUGCUGCAGCUGCUGCCGCCCACCGGUGGGGUCAUUCCUGUAAUUCUGUAUUACGUCCAUGUGGUGAGGCGCACGCGACGCGGGAAAGGCGUGCCGUGCUACCUGCUCGUGUCGCGCAGCCACUGGUACCUGUACAAGCCCACCGGCGAGCUCUCGCGCUGCAGCCCCGUCGAGCGUGUGGCGAAGGUAAUUCUCUGCCGAGAUAUGCACGUUGUGUGGAAGGUCCCACAGGAACGCGAUGCUGUGAUGCGCUUCGAUGACACCGGCGAGAUUGCCUUUCUGACCAACGUGCUGCGCACCCUCAGGGUCGCUAUGAGUGGGGGCAGUGCUUCAUUUUCCGUGGAGAACCGCAGCGGUGUCAGCUACACAAAGCUCGAUGCGCCAGACGCGGUGCAGCUCGAGCACACAGCAGAGAAUGAGGACGAGUGGCCGCUCCCCCUCGUGGUGGCCGAUGAGGCGCAGCGGCAGUACACCGUCGAAGACGUCGUGGUGCUCAUGCCGCCGCCGCCGCCGCCGCCUCCGCAGCAGCAGCAGUCUCUGUCAUCGCCAUCGCCCUUACCACCGCCGAUGAACGCGAACAAUGAGGCGCAGUGGGAGUCACGCGUCGAAGCCAUCAUGCGCUACCUGGACGGGGAAGCUGAGAGCCCGUCUGCACUGGAUGUGCCUGCAAUUGCCGAUUAUCCAGGUGUCAUUCCUCCCCAUCCUCAACCGCCUGCAGCUGCUGCCAAGGAAGAGCGGGUGUCUUCCCCUCCCACCGAGGGGGGCUCGUCGAUUGUGGAAUCCACCCCAGCCUCAACGAUUCGCCUCAUCCAACCAGUGACGGCAUCCGCCGCCGCCGCCGCCGAGCAGCAUCAGGUGUCGCCACCACCGCGCACGCCGCAUCUCGCCACGUCCACUUCCGCAGUCGAGGGAGAAGCAGCAGCCACUGCGUCCCGUCCCCCACCGCCACCGUCAUUCACGCCACUGUGGGGCAGGGACAGUGGAAGCACACCGGAGAUGCACUCGCUUGUGCGGGAGCUGCGUGACAUGGCGAGUCGGUUGGCCUCAUUGGAGCAGUUAAAUGAGUCCCUGCGGCGCUCGCAUGCACGCGACGACAACAGGGCUGUCAGCCCCGUGCCACCGCAGACGAAGGAAAAUUCAGACUCUCUCAAUAUCCCACGCUCACUUCCUACAAGCCCCUUUGUUCGUCUAACACCUCCGCCGCGCAUCACGCUGCAGUCCGAGGCAGCAGGUGUAGGAGCCGCCGAGUUUGAGCGGCGUAUCGCGUCAAAGAAACUUGACGAGCGUCUUCUACUGCGCGACUACGAGAUCGGGGCAAAGUACCGGCAGGUGUCGGCGUGCAUGGCGAAGGGGGACUUGCAGCAGCUGCUGCUCGUUGCGCGCCUGCAGGAGGAUCUACUGCUGCUGUUGCGGGCGCAGAAGGUCGAUGAUAAGACGGCGGCAAUGCGGCGGGGAGAACAUAAUAAUGACCAUGUAAAUGCUCCUAGAGCUGUCGACCCCCCGACAAGCGGCGGUGUGUGUGGUGUCGCUGAUGAGAAGAAGAGGGCUGGGGAGGAAGAGGAAGAGGAAGAGGGAGGAGCGGGAUGUGACGAUACAAGCGAUUAUGAGGUCUGGGCAGCGACGCACGUAGGGGUGCAGUGGCACAGCGAUCGGUUUGGUGAGCACCUGAGCGCUUGUAAGAAGAAGAUGGUGGAAGAUAUUUUCCGGGGCAGUGCCACGCCCUCGUGA